UCAAACAAAACAUCUAGAGUUCUAAGUUGUUUAAGUCUAGAUGUUUGUUGUAAAUAUCAGGAAAUGAAAGCUGAUAUUCAUCUUUUGAUCUUCAAUCCAAAUGUCUUCAGUUUGUAGCAAAAACAAAAGAAUUGGCCUUGUCAUUCCAAUAUUUUUGGAGGGGCCUGUAUUCACAGAGAACAAAAAAUAUGUGUGUAUGAUUUUUCUGUAGUGUGUACACAGCCAGCUAUUUGUUCCACACAUAGUGGCAUAGGUUAUUGCUUCCCGUUUUGGAUGAUAUAUCUGGACUCCAUAACAGCAUGAAUUACCACCAGCAUGUAUCAUGGAUCCAGCAUAUUGAAAUAUUUUACUGAGGUAGGGCCAAGGGUGUUCAUCCUCUAGUUCAACAUUGCAGUCUGGUGGCUUAUCCAUUUUCAAACACACACCCAGAGAGAUAUCUGUCGCUUUAACUACAUUAUGUAGCAUGAGAAGGUCACUGCAGAUGAUGAAUUGGCAUGAUUCUUGAUCAUUUUUCUGUACUGAUUAACAGGAUGCUAAACUGAAAAGUAAAUAAACUUCAUGGGAGCCCAUUCUUUUACCAUGUUGGCAGGCUCAGUGAAGUAGGCCUGAUUUUUGUCUUCUGACAAAAACAUCCUUUAAAUUUAAUCAGUAUUUCAUCAGGUCAUGUUUAUUAAUUUUAAUCAAUUUUACUCUGACUGAAAUGGCAUUUUAGUUGAUGAGAGAAUGCAUAAAUGAAACCAAAUCUUCACACAUUUUAUAUAUUAACUUAAACGUGUGAAAACUGGCCUUGUUGUCAAAACCUGAUCUCCUGAAAUAAUAUUACAAUGAGUUCACUACUGCAAUACAAUACUGUGAAUGCUUUAUGAAUUCUUUAUGUUUUAGUUCUUCAUUGUGUGUGUUUUAGUGCAUUGCUAUGGAAACAGUGUAUUCAGAACGUGACGUACCGUUCUACCUAGCAUCUUACUUAAGUUCAACUUGUGCAUUCGUGUCAUUUUUUCUAGAACGUCUACAGAAGACAGGAGUCGUCGCAUAUCCAGGAAGCUGAAGCUUUCUCCAGUAAGAGAUGUCUGGAGUGGUUUUAUGAAUAUGCAGGUUGUGACGACGUGGUUGGACCAGAAGGCAUGGAGAAGUUCUGUGAAGAUAUCGGAGUGGAGCCAGAGAAUGUGGUGAUGCUGGUAUUGGCUUGGAAACUGAAUGCUCAGAGUAUGGGCUACUUCACCCUGCAGGAGUGGCUUAAAGGAAUGGGUUCACUGCAAUGUGAUUCAACUGAAAAACUCAGGAACUGUCUAGACUACCUGAGGUCGAUCCUCAAUGAUGCCACGAGUUUUAAGCUCAUUUACCGAUACGCCUUUGACUUCGCCCGGGAGAAGGAUCAGAGGAGUUUAGAUUUAAACACUGCCAAGUGCAUGCUGGGACUUCUACUGGGGAAAACCUGGCCACUAUUUCCUGUGUUUAACCAGUUUCUAGAGCAAUCCAAGUAUAAAGUAGUAAAUAAAGACCAGUGGUGCAAUGUUCUAGAGUUCAGUAGGACCAUUAACCUGGAUCUCAGCAACUAUGAUGAGGAUGGGGCUUGGCCAGUUUUGUUGGAUGAGUUUGUGGAGUGGUACAAAGACCGAGAGAUGUCGUCAUAGCAACAACCGUCAUUGCCUCUACCAUCACCAACAACUAGAAACUAAUCGGCAACAGGCACUGUGGCAUCAGUGAAAGAAAUGACUUAGACAUGGUCCUUACAAACAAAACAUAACAGGACCCGGUGGGGCAGACUGUAGGUAUCCUGCCAGUGAAUUUGUGUGUGAGUGUGUGUGAGUGUGUGUGAGUGUGUGUGAGUGUGUGUGAGUGUGUGUGAGUGUGUGUGAGUGUGUGUGAGUGUGUGUGAGUGUGUGUGUGUGUGUGUGAGUGUGUGUGAAAAAGUGUCAGCGUUCCAUAGUGUAACGUUCAAAUGUUGCCCUUUUCAUAAGGGUUAUGUAUGAGCGUUAACACUGAUGAUGACUAGGUGAGACAGCACCUCAGCCCUAAAUUCUUACCUGAUGUCCUGACCAACCUGCAGUGCAUCAUGGGAAAGCACAUGGCCAAGCUCAGUGCCACUCCCUGCCACCCUACUGUGACGUGACUAACUGUGAAUGUUUGAAUGGGUGUUUAAGAGGGGUGAUCUGUGAUAUUCCACAUGCUAGGGUAAAUACCAAAAUAGUUCCCUUCUUAAUGCCAGGUGAUUUAAACAUUAUGGGGUCUCAUUUAAAAUACAAACUCGUGUAAAAAUCAUCUAAAAUGAUGAUUUAAAAAAAAAAGGCUUGCAAAUGAGUCGAAAUAGCCAUUGCUACAGUGACCAAACAUCAGAUCCUCACCUAUCCUAAAAGUCUCACUUGUUACAGUGUGUACUUUUAAAAAAAACAAAACAAGCCUUUGCAAAAGAAAUCUUAAUAAGGCAGACUUUCCUUUAAACAACCCGAUUAAAAGUUACCACAGUGGCGUUUUAUUAACUGUGAACUAUGAAAGAUAAAAGUGCUAAAUCGGCCCAUCUUACAGAAUAUUUUCUGAAGUGCUCAUUGCUAUUUCGUUGUACAGAUUAACUUAAACAGAUUCAUUACACAGGGUAAUCGUAUAAGUUUAUCAUAUUUAACAACUACCUGCCAUUGUGCUGCCCCCCACCCCCCCCAAUCCUCUAAAAGAUGUGUUUGACUUCUUUUAUUUAUCGUCGUUCUUCCUCGUUUAGUCCACAUCUUUAAAUAGCACAUAAUUUGACUAUGUGCGUUAUUGCUUUAAAAGUUCAGACCUUGCCUAACAUGGUCGCUGUUCUGGAGAAAGACUUUUGACUUGACUUUUAUGCUUUGUUUUCUUUUAAGUUACUGAGUUUGGGGGCAUGGCGCAAAAGUGCAAAUCCGCAGUUCUCUGUCUUUGGUAUUACAGAUGAAGCAAUGGCUGUAAAAAAAAUAAAUAAAUAAAAUAAAAAAAAUAUGAACAAGUUGAGGCUAAAUAUAUUCAUGUCCUUCAUGUGAUCAUGCGAGUAAUGUAACAUGAUUUUGUUAACCAUACAAAAGUUUGAUAUUUCUCGGGCAAUAUGGUAAAAAAUCUUUUACUGUGCCAACAUGAAUAGAGGAUUAUUGUUAUUAAGUAGUUUUGCUGUCAUUCUUAUUCCAUUGUUAUUUUUUCUUAGUGAAUCUCUCAUGUAAGAAAGCAUUGCUAAAGGGAGUUCAAAUGAAAGUAAGAAUUGAAAGGCUAGAAAUGGGAAAAAGAAAUUGCACACAGAUCUGCAGAUUGCCCUUCUUUGGUCACUCUAAUUCUAAAUACGAUGUUAAAUUUGAUCUCAGAUUUCUUCCCAUUGCUUCUCCUAUCAGAGCUGUAUUUGUCAUUGCCCAUAUGUUUUAUGCAACAGUGUGCCCUUAUACCUUCAUGCUCUCCAAGUAGAAUCUAUUUGGGUACGAUUUAUUUUAAUAGAUCUCCCACAGACACGUUGUUUGUUUUUUUUCUUCCCCCUCUUCCUGUUACUUCAAACAAGUGUUCCUUCAGUUCACGUUAAAUGACAUGUCGAGGCUGUCUCUUGAAGUGGAAGGGACAUGUGAUGAGAAACAUGAUUCCACGGCAAGACCGUAAGCCCAUAGUGACUGUUGCAUAGCAACCAUUUAACAUUCUAGUUACAUUUGUAAAAUGUUCACUUUUGCCUCUGACUGUGUCAUCUGAGUGGACAAAAAAGUGCAUGCGUUCUUCAUGCAGAGCUGUCUUGAGUAUAAAUGAAUUUUUUUUUUUGUGUGUGUGAGAAAUUUUAUGAUUCUUUUUCCUUUUUUUUGUACAGGCAUUUGUGAAUUUACUGUGCUUUCAAUUUUUUUUUUCACAGCCAUGGAGUCAUUGUUUUAUGAAAACCACGAUUGUCAUGAUAUCUAACGCUUAAAUACACGUUCAACCUCAUUCGCCAAAACGUUUUCCGUUUGCUUUCUUUUACUCACCAUUUUCAGCACGUGCUUAACUACACCACCCAGAAGUCGUUGCAGCACCUGAAUCUAUGCACUUGAAAUUACGUGCUUGCAAGAAUAACAUAACGACAGAUUCCAGUGGCCGAUGUAUUGUUUAUGCUUUGUUUUUCUUUUAUGAUUUGAUACAGUUUCAAUCAGUCUGUUUGUAAUGCAAAAAUCAUUAAAAAAAAAAAAAAAAAACUCGAAACAUAUACAAUGCAAAGAGCAUAAAUUGAAUAAAUAAGUUUUUCGAUGUCGUUAGAACAUGUAGUGGGAGGAACUACAUUUCAUGACUAUAAUUAGGUAAUUACCAUGAGAAAAUCUGAUUCAAGAAUGUGUAAUUACCUUAAAUCUGUAACAGUGUAAUGAAGUAUAUGGUUGGGAUAGUUUUGCUAUUAGAUGUGUUUCUUUUCAUGUAUUAAAAUUCUAAGCACUGAACACAUAAUAUCUGCGCACCAUUAAAAGAGUAACAGCUUCUUUUGGUUUAUGAUUUUGCCUUUCGGUGAUAACCAAAUGUGUUCUUUUACAGCGUUUACAAGAAUAGGUGAGCUGACGUGUAAUAAAUCAAAUAAGCCCUGCGUUUUGCACAAAGCAAACAAUUUUGUAAAGGUGAAACAUUUUUGAAUUAGGUUAUAAUCAGUAUUUGGCGGCGAAGGACCAUGACGUGCAAUCUGGAGAUAAUAUAACUUAACAUCGUUAUAGGUACUUGUGUUCCUGUGGCAGUGUUCGAUUAUCAGAUCUCUGUGUUACGACUGUUGCUAAGACCGUUUUGCUAGCAGUCUUGGCUAAUGCAGGGAGGCUUGGUUGACUAUCUCAUCUGACUGUAUAUAUAUGUAUGGAUGUGUGUAUAUGUGUCUGUUUUCACUGUAACCUAUCUCUACAUUCAGUAUAUAAAGAGGUUUGUUAACGA